AUGGCGGUGAUCCUCGGCAUGGGCAACCCUCUGCUUGACAUCUCUGCGGAAGUGACGCAGGAGACCUUCGACAAGUACGGCUUGAUCCCCGGCAACGCCAUCCUGGCGGAGGAGAAGCACCAGCCGCUCUUCAAGGAGUUGGCUGCCAAGCCGGACGUGCUGUACGUGGCGGGCGGUGCCACCCAGAACACCAUCCGUGUGGCACAGUGGAUGUUGCAGGAGCCAGGCAAGACGGCCUACAUGGGCUGCAUUGGCGAUGAUGAGUUUGGCAAGAAGCUCACCGAUGCCUGCAAGAAGGAUGGUGUGGACUGCAAGUACAUGAUCGACAAGACGACGCCCACGGGUGCUUGCGCCGUCACCAUCAUGAACAAGGAGCGCUCGCUCACCACCAAUCUGAACGCCGCCAACAACUACAAGGCGGAUCACCUGAAAGCCAACAUGGCCACCCUCUCGGCGGCCAAGAUUGUGUACAGCGCCGGCUUCUUCAUCACGGUGUCGCCAGAGUCCAUGGAGAUUGCCUCCAAUGAGAUGUUGAAGACCGGUGGCAUCUACUGCAUGAAUCUGUCGGCGCCCUUCAUCGUGCAAGUGCCACCCUUCCGCGCAGUGAUUGAGAAGACCCUGCCCCUGUGCCGGGAGACCCGGGCUUGGUCAAGCGACUACCUCUUCGGCAACGAGACGGAGGCCUGUGCCUAUGCUGAGGCAGUUGGCUGGGACACCCAGGACGUGGAGUUCAUUGCCACCCGUUUGUCCUUGGUGCCCAUGGCAGGCAACAAGCCCUACAGGAAGGUGGUGAUUACCCAGGGCGCUGAUCCUACCGUGGUGGCCAUUCGUGGCGAGGUGAAGAAGUACCCGGUUGCUGCUCUGCCCAAGGAGAAAUUGGUGGACACCAACGGCGCAGGGGAUGCAUUCGUGGGAGGUUUCCUGGCGGCUUUGUCCAAGGGCAAGGACAUGGAGGCCUGCUGCAAAGCUGGAACUUACUCCGCCUCCGUGGUGAUCCAGCACUCAGGAUGCACCUACCCUGCGAAGCCCGACUACACCAUCUGA